AUGUUCGGAAAUCGACCAAAGCUCGCAGCUGCGAUUGCGAAAAGAAACCAUCGCGAGGCAGAACCGAAGCCUCCGGACAGAUCAGCGGUGCAGCAACAAGCCCAAGGUCUGAUCUCAUCAACUCUCGCCAUCAUGCUGUUGCUCCUGCUUUCCUGGCAGAGCCUGCUGUCCACUGGUGGAGCGCUCGUCAGACAUGUCCAGAGUGGCUUCGUCCCCCUACAGCCGCCUCGGCGUCGUUUGCGUCCAUCCCGACUCAUCCCAGCUGCCGAGAAGGGACAGGGCGGUGCGUCUGUGUCGACGACAGUGAGCCGCGAGAGGGCCGCCAGAGUGGUCGACGCCGCCCUUUGCUACCUCAAGCUGCAUGAAACACCCAAAAGCUUCGUUUCGGGGUUGAGCGACCUCGUUCCAUCCCUCAUUUCUCGCGGCAAUACCACCACUCAAUGGUCUGUUCAGCCGGACUUUCAGCUGUCGGGAGCGCCAUUCUCGCCACCCGACCUUCAAGCCGUCUAUGAGAUGCACGCCAGCCAGUCCCCCUUUGGCCUGAAAGACCAGACAAUUGUCGAUCCAGAUGUGCGCAACAGCCGGGAAUUGUCAGCCGACCAAGUGCGCCUGAGCAGUCGGGACGGCCGGUGGGAGAAUGUGAUUGAGGGAAUCUGCCGUACGGUGGAGGAGGAGAUGACGCCGGGCUAUCGAGUGACAGCGGAUUUCUACAAAACCCUUAUCUAUGCGGAGGGCGACCACUUCCGCGUCCACAAGGACACGCAGCGCACCGCAGAGAUGUUUGGCUCACUGUUGCUCUUCCUCCCAUCUGACUACAAAGGCGGAGACUUCCUGCUCUACGAUGGGGACCAAUUCCAUGGCGAACGCUUCAACAACGAGACGCGAGCAGCUCUCGAGAGCGGGCAGUGUCGGUGGCUGGCCUUCUUGGCUGACAUCCCUCAUCGCGUGAUGCCCGUUGAGUCGGGCCAUCGACUCGUGCUGGCUUACAACCUGCGGCGGGAGAAAUUGGCAGAGCCCCAGAGAGGAAGGCCUGCCCCGCUGGCCGCACCGCUGCAAGAUCUGGUCGAUAUGCUCACCGACUACUUCACGUCGACCGGCGAGGAGACACAAGGGGACAGAGAGGUAAGCGGCCAUGCAGUGAGUGCACAUGAGAAGAGCAUGUGAGUGAUGGCUGCUGUCCCUCUGUGCUUUGGGCCGUGUUGUGUUUGCAGAAGGAGAGUGCCAGGCGGUUCGUCUUUUUGCUCGAUCACGACUACACGCCUUCGUCAAUCGGGCCUGACUACCUCAAAGGUGCCGACAGCGCCUUGUAUCAGGUGCUGGCACAGCACUUCAACGUCAGCUUUGAGAUGCUCAAUGAGUUCGUCUCAUUCGACGACCCCGCUCAAUACUCGCUGAUCGACAAUGAGACUGACGCGGCGGUUCUGCGGGCAGGCACGGCCAACAUCACAGACGAAGAGAAGGCCCAGGUAUUUGGACCUUACUGGGAGACCGAGUUCUUCGAUGAAAAUGAGUUCUGCGAGUUCUUCGAUCACUUGACAUGGUACGAAUACCGGGACAGUCCAGAGUCGAAGCACUGUGAUUAUGAAUACUUGAAAGACGAGUAUUUGAAAAUGUCCGAAGAAGAGAAGCAAAAAUGGAGACAAAGGGCCAUCGCCAGACGGAAGGAAAAGGCCAUCGCCGAUUGGCGUUCUUCUCUCGCUGACGGGCAAGCGUCUCGGGUAGGUGUGCUCACUCACGCACUCUCACGUCACUACAACCUGUUGUCUCUCUGUUGUGUGUGUCAGUGGGGCGACGAUGAUUGGGUCAACCUGAUGGACCGCAUUCGAGAGAAGGCAUCGAGCAACGACGUCGACUUUGUCUUCCCGGUGCGGAAGCCCGGACAGUCCGCCUUCGCGAAGAAGCCACAUGUCAUGUGGGGAGGAAACCAGGAAGCCAACUGGGAGUAUCAGUACAUUUCCGUGUGUCUCCUUGUGAGCGGGCUGAGAGAGUGAAGUGAGGGGCCUUCCUGGGCGUUUCAACAAGCCAGCUGUUGCCUUUAUGGCGUUUCGUAUAGGCUAUCUGCCAUGUUGCACAGCAGAGAGAAGCG